GGAACAGCUGCAUGAAUAUUGUUGGCGCGGUCAUUUAUAGUAGAGGGAAAAGUAUUCAUUUUGCAUAUCUGUACAAUCACAGAGAGUUUGUCAUGUGAACGUAUAUAUAUUGCGCCUGACCAAGACCUGUUGCAUGGAUAAGCCGAUGCCGAUUAUUGUAGGUCAAUGGGAGCUGGCUAUCCAGCCUCCUACACAGACUUUCUUGCGGCUUCUUCGCGCCUUCCUGCGUGGGAGACUACUGGCUACCCAAAAGUUUGAUUCACUCCUUACCCUUUGUACAGUCAACCUUUUUUCAACGGACACCUUCAUAAGACAGAAACCUCGCUAAAACGGACACCUAGAGUUGGAUCCUUCCUUUCUUUACUCUCUUUGAUUGACUGUCUCUAAGACGGACACAUAUAGUGCCGGUUAUUCUCUAAGACACUUUUGUCUUAGAGAGAGUCUAGAGAAUUGUUUGUCUUAAUUCUAGAGAGUCAGCUAUAAGGAGUAAUGAAAGGCAAGGAUCACCAGCUCUAGGUGUCUGUCUCACAAAGGAUGUCGGUUAAUAGAGAGUUGAAUGUAGCGAAUAAAACAUACCUCAUGACAGACGCAAAUGGAGGAGCAAGACACGUACGCCUGAUAAACGUUCCCUCGUGUCUUUAUCACAUCAGUGAUAGAAAAUUGAGGUCUGCGGGAAGACUGCUUUUAUACUCAUAAAAUGGACUUCAACCCCUUCAAACCAAACACUUUAUAUAGUUUCAAUAGAAAUAUUCCUGCUUGCUAAUUUUUUUACAUGAAGUUGCUGAAGCUGGAUACAGGACUCGAUUAACCGGACGCUAUUAGUAUACGGAAACGAUCCGAUUCCUUCUGAGCGACAUUAAUUCUCUUGAAUCUUCUUCUUCUUUUGAAUCUGAAUAAAUAGUUGACGCCUUGGUGAAAGUUAACUACACAUGUGACGCGUCAUGUAGAGCAAUGAUCUGGGAUGGAUUUGGUAGAUGGGCCAAUGGGCAAUGGAAGCCUUACAUUAAAGGUAAGUGUCUCGUUUGCAUGACGAUAUUUUAAAUUCAUGAACAACGAAAUUAGGCUGUAUCAAGUAAACACAGUAGCCUUGUUAUCGCCAUGAUAACAUAAAUAUUUAGCCAAGGCUAAAAGCCAUACUUAACUGAUUUUAAAACAAAAAGAGAAAGUAUAGAUCAAAUUAAAUCGCAGUAAUAGUUUUGGAAAAGAAUUGUGACCCAUUCGUGUGCGUCUGACCCACUCCCCGUCCUCGCCCUCCCUUAUAACAGCACCGUUUUGAGAAGCUAAUAAAAAUUAUAAGAGGAUAAUUGACUUUAUCAGGAGCCGGGCUCCUGCCUUUAUCCUCUCUUGUUGAAAUUUAAUUUUUUAUCAAAGGCUGGUUGUCAUUAACGAAUCUGGUUGGCUGCGUCCAGUUUAGUUAAUGGUUAUAGGUCAAUCUUUUCGUCUCAAAGGGAUUCUACCCAAAUGGUAAAUUAGGCCAUUGAUUUUUUUUGUUUAGAGUAUGUAUUCUUUGCAAUUAGGCUGUAUCAAGUAAACACAGUAGUUGUAAUGUUUAUUGUUAUCGCCAUGAUAUUAACACAUCUUGUUGUUGUUUACAGACAUCAUUUUAAAGGAUAAUAGAAAUCAAGAAGGUAUCUUCUUCAGUUUUGGAGAUUCCGUUUCUAAUAUGUUUCUCAGCUCCCUUACAUCUGGUCCUUACCGUAAUCUAUGCAAGAAGACAUUUAUCGCCUGUCGACCUAUUUACCACUGGGUGUACGACAUGGCAAAAUACUGGGGCGAUGGCGUCAAAUCACCAAGGGAACCUCUCCCUGAUGACGCUGAUUACGAUCAAGAACGAGUUAUAAAUGACAUCAAAAAGGUAAGCUUUAAAUUUAAGAAGUAUAAGAUUGAAAAUUUUAAUACUCAUAAAUGGGGACUACGGUCAGUUUGGUUGCGGAACCUUGUUCCAUCAUUCCAUCAUACAAAUUGUAGCCGAAGAGCAAGCUCUCCCGGAGGAACGCAAUGGCGCAGGGGCACUCAACGGCUGUUUUCUGUAAAAUAUCUGUUCGGAGAAGCAAAAUUGCCUAGAAUUUUCUAUAGGGUGAGGAAGGCUAAAACUUCUAGAUGACCUUUCUAUUCCAGUCAUGUACAAUUUUCGUAGCAUAUCUUAUAAAUUCCCUACGAUUUUCUAAAGUUUAAUUUUUUGCAUUCCAGUCCCCAAGUUAGCCUACUUUUCGAAGAAAAAGAAAACCUUAAAUCUUCGGAUUCGAAAAUUCGAUGGACAGAGGAAUCAGAAAAAUUCUCACUUUCGUAAAAAAUUAAAAUUGCAUCUAAAAUUUUCCGGCAAAUAAUACUGAGGCCCUUGUAAUUUCGAAAAGACUUGAGUUGCCUCUCUUAGGACAACCGAACGGCUACAAAUUUUAUAGCACCGCUUAUAAUGCAUUCUUAAAGAUCAGAAAGUACUCCGGAUAGUCUAAAAAGUGUUUUAAUGCAUUUAGGAGGAAACUGUCAUUGUUUGCCCCUGUUUGCGGCUGGGCUUUCCCCCCUAAAAAUCUUAAAGAUCUAAAUUGACCGGCAAUGAGAAACCCUGGCCGUACCUGUUGCAGGGAAUAGCCAGAACACGAUGCAAAUGGAGGACCUAAUAAUUUUGUAGUUGGUGUAGUCCUAUAUUCCUCUCAUUAUACCUCUCUUUACCGCUUUACAUCACCUCAUUCAACGACCUAUAAACUUGUUUGUUUUGCAGACUUUGUUUAACCCGGAAAUAACUGAAAAGAGUGUAUUGAUGAUGAACAUGGGAAUCCAUUUUGCUGCUGCGGUGAAUUUUACUAAUUACCAGCGAGUUAUCGAACAGUUAAUACGCCUGCUGAAGGAUGACGGCGAAAAAAAACCUGCCAAAUAUAUCAGCAACUCUUUUAAGGGGAGGUUUAUAUGGAAAACGUCAACUGCCAUUCACAGGGAAAGAUUUCCAAAUCCACAUAAAGAUGUCCGUCGGUUCCUGACUUUUUCACGCGUAAAGUUGUUCAAUGCCUAUGCCCUUUCAGCCAUGUGUCGUGCUGGUAUUGACGUCAUAGACGUUUAUCCAAUAAGCGAAGCUUAUCCUGCUGGAACUGUGUCGCAGACUGAUCCUGUGCAUUAUGCUGAUAAUGUGUUUAGG